CAGGAUGGUUUCGCCGCCCCUCCCCCCCUAACCGCAGAAGGCUUUAAAUCUUGCUCGUGGUUCAAAACUUUCUUACCCGUAUUUGACGAAGAUUUUUUGUUUUGGCAAAGGAUAAGAUCCACAGGCUUGAAAAUUGAAUCGACCCUGAAUUCUCAAAUUUAGAAACUUGAGUACUGCCCCAGCCCAAAUAUGAGGCUGACACAAGUACUGGGCAAAAUCAAUCGAUACAGAGUGUUUCAACUACGCUGGGAGCAAAUCAAACGAAGGAAAGCCCCCGAAAGCAGAGAGUUGAUCCAUGUGAAAAAGUUGGGGCUUCCUACUGUUGACUCGUCUGAGUUUCUGCAAAAGGUUGAAGAAGAAAUUGUCCCCGUCGAAUUCAAUGAUGAUGUUAAACCUGGCGAGCCUCUGUUCAAACCAGUGCAACUGGACGAGAGUCACCCUUUAUACAAACCUGACCCGUGUCUCUGUAUAGAUGACAGUAAUGUGUUGCUUGAAGGUUUGGAACAAUCAAAGCUUCUCUUGAACUCCGUUCAAAUUCAAGAAGGUCUCCCAGAAGAGUUGGAAGAUAACAUUGGGACUCGUGCCAUUCCCUUCCAAGACACUAGAGUUAAGAGGCUCGUCAUGUACUCAAACGUUUAUGAUGCAAUGCAAGUAGUUCUUCCUAAAAGAAAAGACCCCGAAAGGCCUGCUUGGAACUUUGCUCGUGACUAUGGUAUUGAUGCCAAGCGUAAAUUUCGGCUAACCAUUACCCAAAUGUUGCAAUUAUGUGAUUUUGCGGCCGGAAAUGCUUCAUUAGCAGAAAGAAGUCAUAUUCAUGAUGCUUAUUGCUGUGCAAAUCUAGUAAAAGAAGGUAUUCAAGUUCAAAUCAACAACCGAGCUGAUGUAUUAGUGUCAUCCAACAGUCCGAUGAGCCCUCUAACAUCUUCAACAGCUGGAAACUCAGUACCCUUACCAGAUUUGCAUCCUCUUAAUUUUGCUGUCUCAAUUCCCAAACAGCAUUUCUACCACAACGAAAGCAUUUAUCCUGUUGCAAAAGGUUUCACCAAGUCCCAUCCACACACAGCAUUCUUUCAUUAUGACCCAUCAGAGGUGAAAAAUUUGUAUGAGGAACCAGUGACUGAAUCCCAAUUCUAUUCUCGGACUCUAGUGAAGGCAUUUGCAGUCGCUGCUUCCCGAGCUCAGCAGCUUUAUGGUGAUAAUGUGAAAAAAUUGCCUGAACCCAUCACCAUUCAAGCUGUUCACACAGAUAACAAAAGAUUUCACUUUGCUGUAUUACAAUUGAAUACAUUGGAUCUUGAUGGAACUGCUCAAGAAAGAAAUAUCUUUUGGAUGCUUCCACAAACAAUGGAUUUGUUCAGUGAAUGUGCAUAUGUUAAGGGAAGACCAGAACUACAAGACUAUAACCCAGAAGUGUUUCAACGUGUACUUUCUUUCUACUGUAAUGGUCUUCCUUAGUGUUUUCCUAUAGUUUAUAUGUAAAUAAAGAAUUGUUUGAAG